GCAAGCCACAGAUUGCCGUCAGUGUUAUUUUAUUUUUCGUCGGCAGGAGUUGGUAAUUUAUCCGAAAACUUAAGGCUGGGUCACGGUGCGUUUGUGAGGUGGUCAUUGGCUGCAGUGUUAAUGCGUAAAUAUUUGCGUUGCGAAUUUUGUUCUGUUGUUUUCUACUUGGUUGUAAGUGCAAGUUUUUACGCGAAUGGUAUGCAAACUGUUCAGCCAUAGUGCUCUGUCGUCGACAUGUGAGAAGGAAAACAAACGUAAAUUUUAAAUCACAGAAUGUAACAUCGAAAUGGCAUCGGCAAUAGAACAACAACAAGAUGAUGAUGAUACGUGUUCUGAGGCGAGCAGCGCAGUACACAAUGGUUCAGUGAUUUCCACAGUUCCUGAUCGUCAUGGAUUUCUUGGAGGUUCACAGUACACACCUGAUCCGAAAUUGACUGUUCCUCCAAGUGUCAUACUUCGCCGUGAAAGAAAAUGGCUGCGCAUGCUCAACAAUUGGGAGAAAAUGAUGAACAAACACUAUAGGAAGGUGAGAGAACGCUGUCGCAAAGGUAUCCCUCCAUCAGUCCGACCACGUGCCUGGCUCUAUCUUUGUGGUGGCAAACUAGUUCAAGAUCAGUGUCGAGAGCAAUAUGCAGCCCUCAUUAAACAAGAAGGAGAUCCUAAGUGGGUUGAUGAUAUACGCAAAGACCUUCAUCGGCAGUUUCCAUACCAUGAGAUGUUUGUUGACCAGAAUGGACUUGGGCAGCAAGAACUUUUUCAAGUACUGAAGGCAUACUCAAUCAUGAACAAAACUGUUGGCUACUGCCAGGCACAGGCUCCGAUUGCAGCUUUCCUGCUAAUGCACAUGCCAGCUGAACAAGCAUUUUGGUGCCUAGUCUCCAUUUGCGACAAGUACCUUGUGGGCUACUACAGUCAAGGAAUGGAAACAUUGCAGCUAGAUGGUGACAUUUUGUUUGGACUACUUAAAAAAGUUUCUCCAAGUGUUUAUAAACACAUAAAAAAGCAAAAAAUUGAACCUAUUUUAUACAUGACUGAAUGGUUUCUUUGUGUGUUUACAAGAACACUUCCAUGGGACACAAUCCUUAGGGUGUGGGAUAUGUUCUUGUGUGAAGGGGUUAAGGUGAUCUUCAAGACUGCACUUGUACUUUUGAAAUUCAGUCUUGGAAGACCAGGUGUUAUAAAAAGUUGUCCAACUAUGUACGAAACCUUGGAAGUACUACGCAAUCCACCAAUUGAAGUCGUGGAAGAAGAAUUUAUGAUCAGCCAGAUACUGCGCUUGAAUCUUUCUGAAGAAGAUUUUGAUUAUGAGCACAGGCGACAGUUGGCAAGAAGGCGUGCAAGUCAAGAGAAUGGUCACAAAAGCAAGAGAUAACAAGAAACUGCAGUACCAGAAAAGGCAAACUCUUUUUAAAGUUUUUCAUGUAAAAUGUGCAAUGCUGCAUGAAAUAUAAAUGCUGCAUUCAUUCUCAAGGUGAACCACAUUUUUCACGUAUUCUAGUGCAGUCCUUAUUUUUUGAUAAUGAUAUACUCAGUAUUGCUUCACAGUUUUUUGGUCCUUUUAGAAGUAUGAUCCUAAAAGCAAAAAAAGUGUGAAGUUGAAUAAUGAAUCUCUCCCCUUUGCUCUAAACCAUUGUUUCUCAUUAAAAUCACAUGCUCCAAACUAAGGUUCUGUGUAAAUUAUAAAAAAGUAGUUUUGUAGUGUGGUACUGUUAAAUGUGUUAUGGAGUAUAAAGCACAAAACACUCAUUAUUAGAGUUUGCAGCUAUGUACUUUUGUAAAAUUGCAAGAUCCAGGAAAAUGUGCAUUGUGCACAGAGGUUUAGAAACUGUUGACUUGUGAAUUGUUAAACAUUACUGUAUUUAAAAUUAUGUGAGAGUGAGUUGUCUAUUAAUGUUUUCCUUGAAACAAGACAGAAUUAUAGGGUCAUAUCAGUCACAGAUUAGAGGAAGACAGAUAACGCAAAUUAAAUUUUAAAAUACUUCUCACGUACCGUGGUUUGUUCAUAACUAUUCAGGUACUUCCAUAAGUUCAAUAUGGUACGCACAGCAUAACACAAAAAAGAUCUUUCUGAGUACCUGCUCUAAAUUUCGCUGUUUUUUUAAUAAAUACAAUCAACCAAUCAAGUUUAGUUGCUUUUCUUCUGGAUUAAAUUUUAAGUUAUGUUUAAAAUGUUACUGUGUUCCUAAGAAGAUAGUUGUGCUACAUGUACAGUGAAGGUUGAAGAGCAGAGCUCAAACAAAAAUUGCUGUGCACCUGCUUAGAACUAUGUGUAAACAAUCAAAAAACUUAUUAAUUCUGUACUACUUACUCUAUUCUGUGCCUUAAUGAAGAAAGACUGUACAAUGCAGGUUUUAUAAAAUGUUUUUAAAUCCAUUUAUAUAUAGUUAGAGGUUUGGAGUGUUCACAGCAUUAAGCAAUGGUGGAAAAUUUUGAGAAGG